ACAAAUUGGAGAAAACCUGAUUGUUCCUGGUGAUGUCAAGACAGUCAAUGCCUACGGGCAGCUGGUGAUGCCGGGGGGGAUCGAUGUCCAUACCAGACUGCAGAUGCCAGUCAUGGGGAUGACCUCUGCUGAUGACUUCUACCAAGGCACGAAAGCUGCCCUGGCAGGAGGAACCACGAUGAUCAUUGACCACGUGUGCCCGGACGCGGGGACGGGGCUGCUGGCUGCCUACGAGCGGUGGCGGGGCAGCGCCGACAGCCAGGCCUGCUGCGACUACGCGCUGCACGUCGACAUCCCGCGCUGGCACGAGAGCCUGAAGGAGGAGCUGGAGGCGCUGGUGAAGGACAAGGGUGUGAACUCCUUCCUGGUUUUUAUGGCCUACAAAGACAAACUUCAGUGCAGCGAUGCCCAGAUGUAUGAAAUAUUCUGCAUCAUUCGAGACCUGGGGGCCAUUGCCCAAGUGCAUGCUGAGAACGGGGACAUCAUCGAUGAGGAGCAGAAGAGGCUGCUGGAACUGGGGAUUACGGGGCCGGAAGGGCACGUCCUCAGCCGCCCCGAGGAGGUGGAAGCGGAGGCGGUGUACCGCGCCAUCACCAUCGCCAAACAAGCCAACUGCCCCUUGUACGUCACCAAGAUCAUGAGCAGAGGCGCAGCAGAUGUCUUAGCUCAAGCGAAGAGAAAAGGCGCGGUGGUGUACGGCGAGCCCAUCACCGCCAGCCUGGGCGCCGACGGCUCGCACUACUGGAGUAAGAACUGGGCCAAAGCUGCAGCUUUCGUCACGUCUCCCCCCAUCAGCCCGGACCCCACCACGCCGGACCAUCUCACCUCCCUCCUGGCCUGGUGAGUUCCCUGUGGGCACCACUGCCUGAGCACAUCUGCCACGUCAGGUGUAGGGAGAAUCCGGCCACGGGGCCGGGGUGGCUGCCGCUGCUGGGAGCAGGGCGGAUCUAUGUCAUGGUCCGUCCUUCCUUCUGUUUCCCAGGUCUCUGGGAAGAUGGAUGAGAACGAUUUUGUAGCGGUGACCAGUACCAACGCUGCCAAGAUCUUCAACUGCUACCCCAGGAAGGGACGCGUCGCUGUGGGCGCUGACGCAGACUUGGUUUUGUGGAACCCCAAGGCUACCAAAAUCAUCUCAGCAAAAACCCACAAUCUGAACGUGGAGUACAACAUAUUCGAAGGCACAGAGUGCCACGGGAUUCCCACCGUGGUCAUAAGUCAAGGAAAAGUUGUUCUUGAAGAUGGAAACCUGGUUGUCACCCAGGGGUCAGGUCGCUUCAUUCCUAGAAAGACGUUCCCUGAUUUCGUUUAUAAAAGGAUAAAAGCAAGAAACAGG